UUUUUUUUUAAGUUAAAAGAGACAGGACGAAUUGGAAAUCUAUCCUGCACCCCGCCCAUGGGGGCAGGGUACCCCUACCCCACAUCCCAAGAGCGGGGGUAAAAACCCCACCCCCCGCUGCAUGGGGCGGGGUACGGGGAAGGGGUGCCCCCUAAUCUUCUCAAUCUAAGGUGCAUUUUCGGGGGAAAAACCAACGAUCGGAAAGACCCAAAAAGACCUUAAAUCGGAGCUUUUCAUGACCACUUUUGUCUAGGCUUCUCUGAGUCUUUGAAACAUAGCUGUCAUACAGAAAUGGUGGAGCGACAAGCGGUAGAUCAGCCACACCAGAUUGAUUCACAGCUGCAGUCCUUGCCGCCUCCAAGGGACGACAUGAUUGCUUGCGUCAUGGCAUUAGAGGCUGCUUUGCUUCCGUGCUUGCCCGCGAGAGAGCUUCAAGCUAUAGACCGUUCUCCGCACCCUUCUCAUCAGAUUGAUGUGGAAAGGUAUGCACGAGAUUUUAUGGAGGCUGCCAAGAAGCUUCACCUUAAUUUUAUUGGCCUGCAACGUGAAGAUCAGCCAACAAAGGUUGAAACACUUAGAAAGGAGAUUGCUUUGAUGGAGGAAGACUUAAGGAUAAAGAGUGACAUUAUCAAGAAGCAAGAGAGACUGAUCCAAGGGUGGAGAAAAGAUUCGAAAGACCAAGUGGACAAACACAACAUCGAGUUGAAGAGGGUGUAGGGUGUAUUUUGUAAGCAAUAAGCUCGCUAUUUUCUGAAUUGGAGUCAAAUUUCUUGGUGCUGCAUGCUCCUGAUCACAUAGGAUUGAUACUGCGCUCCCUUUUUUGUAAUUUAUAAAAUGAGAAAUACUCUAAUCAUAAAGUGAUUACACAUAAAUAAUCUCACAAACUGAUAUGGCUUGAUAUGAUUUGUCAUAUUGUAAAGUUACUUUUAUUGUAAAACAUAUCCGACAUAUCACAUGAAAUCACGUCAGUUUGUAGAAUUACUUUUGUGUAAUUUCUUUGUGGCUGUAGUGCUUCAAAAUGAGAUUAGGACAAAAAAUAUUUCUUGAAUACAUAACGGCUACAAAUUCCAAGUCUUGCAUGGUGCUAUGGAUGAUUGAAUGAGAGAUAGCAAACUGCAACAUUCAGCAAAGGGAAUGGAAUUGAGUUGCCUCAAAUGGACCGAUGCAAAGUGCCAUCUGUGGAACUCAUUCAAGCAAAACUCAUUCCAAUGGUGUACAAACAGAUUUUGGCUUGUAAAUUGCAGCAUUGAGAUUGAGAAAGCUACAAUUUCAGCUAAGAUGAUUGAGAGAUUCAAGUUUGUGGGAUACACGGCAACAAUAGUAAACCUAGUAACAGUUUCUGAGCUCAUCGAAUAACAUAAAAGAAACUUUAGGCAGGUUGACCAAGAAGCAGUCUGAUAAGCUACUUAAUUCUUCUCAAAUGGGGCGAAAAGACCAUAACUGAUAUUACAACUGCUACAAUACAUGCUCUCACUUCUAACGGCUACUUUGGAUUGAGAAUGUAACAAAGCAACAAAAAA